AAUGUUGAGAGUUUCAGAGUUCCGAACUAAACUCUUCGGUGGGUCGGGUGGCGCACGUUGGGGCAGAGUGGUCCAGCCAUGGUGUCUCUCCGGGCUUGUGUGAACAAGUGGGGUUCUGCGCUGCCCUUGCUGUUGGUGCUGUGGGAUCUCCACUAUGAGGGAGCAGAAUGUGGGAUAAAUGCAGAAGUAGAAAAACAACUUGAAAUGGGAAAGAAACUGUUGGCUGCUGGGCAGCUGGCUGAUGCUUUAUCUCAUUUUCAUGCUGCCAUCGAAGGGGACUCUGAUAACUACCUUGCCUAUUACAGAAGAGCCACAGUCUAUUUAGCCAUGGGCAAAUCUAAAGCUGCCAUUCGUGACUUAAGCAAGGUGGUUGAAUUAAAGCAGGAUUUCACGUCGGCAAGGCUACAAAGAGGGAACCUGUUGCUUAAGCAAGGAAAGUUUGAUGAAGCCGAAGAGGAUUUUAAAACAGUGCUCCAAUCUAAUCCUGGUGACAAGGAUGAAACAGAAGCUCGCUCCCAGCUAAUGAAGUCUGAUGAGAUGCAGCGGCUGCAGUCCCAAGCACAGUCUGCGUUUCUCAAGGGGGAUUACUAUGCUGUUAUCGGCCUCUUGGAUGAAAUUCUAGGUGUUUGCGUUUGGGAUGCAGAGCUGCGAGAGCUUCGGGCGGAAUGCUAUAUCAAGGAAGGACAACCCAGGAAGGCCAUUGGUGACUUAAAAGCUGCUGCUAAAUUGAAGAGUGACAACACUGAAGCAUUCUAUAAGAUCAGCACUAUAUACUAUCAGCUAGGGGACCAAGAACAAUCUCUAAGUGAAGUACGUGAAUGUUUGAAACUUGACCAAGACCAUAAGGAGUGCUUUUCUCACUACAAACGAGUCAAGAAACUAAAUAAGCAGAUUAUGUCAGCAGAAGACCUCAUCCAAGAAGGCAGGUACCAAGAUGCCAUUGAUAAAUAUGAGACCGUGAUGAAAAUGGAGACCCAAAUCCCUGUUUACACCACGCGAGCCAAAGAGAGAAUCUGCCACUGCCUCUCAACGAACCAGCAGUCGACGGAAGCCAUCAGACUUUGCACGGAGGUUCUGCAGCUGGAACCGGAUAACAUGAAUAUUCUCAGAGACAGAGCAGCGGCAUAUCUCCUAGAAGAGCAGUAUGAAGAAGCUAUUCGUGACUAUGAAGCUGCUAAGGAGCUUAGUGACAAUGACCAACAGAUUCAGGAAGACCUGGAGCGAGCGCAGCGGCUGUUCAAACAGUCUCAGAAGAGAGAUUACUACAAAAUUUUAGGAGUUAAAAGGAACGCCAAUAAACAAGAAAUCGUAAAAGCCUACAGGAAGCUAGCAAUGCAGUGGCACCCUGAUAAUUUCCAGGAUGAAGAAGAGAAGAAGAAAGCAGAGAAAAAGUUUAUUGAUAUUGCAGCUGCCAAAGAAGUCCUCACUGAUCCAGAAAUGCGGAGGAAGUUUGAUGAAGGAGAAGACCCACUGGAUGCAGAAAGCCAACAAGGUGGAGGAAACCCUUUUCACAGAAGCUGGAAUUCCUGGCAAGGGUUCGACCCCUUCAGUUCCGGAGGACCUUUUAAAUUUAAAUUCCACUUCAAUUAGAAACUGUUCCCACCCUCCGUUUUUGCUUCUAGGAACUUGUCUUUAUUUUUUAUUUCUAGGUAACUUAAAAUAGUGGUUGAUCCUUGAACAAGAACUUUAACGAAAGCCUACUUUUCUGCGAUAGGCUAAAGAGAAAACAAGUACAUAAUGGAGAGCAAUACAACAGCUGUUCUACUAUUACUAAUAUUCUACUUCUGGGUGUAAAACUCCUGAUCCAUAAAUAGGUGGAAGACUAGUUAGGGCUGCAGUCCUUGAACCCCUUCUUCCGAAGUGGGUUGAGACCUUCAGAUGAAGACAAACCUAUGCCGGAGAAGCAAUUUUAUUCAAGAAAGCACUUUAAAAUCUACUCAACUCUCUUAAUGACCUUUUGUGGGACUUGGUCAGGUACUUGGUUUUCCUCACUGAAGGGACAAGAGAGCACCAUAUAUAGUCUAGCUUUAGUUUCUUCAAGAGGAAAUGCUAAGGCCUUGAAUGACUACUGAAGCGUUAUCCUUGGGCAACAUUGGAGGACUCUCCCAUCAAUCCUGCAUGCCACUCUUGCAUCUAAAGCUCUCUUAAAAUGUAGCUCGAUGCACUCCCCCGCCCCCCAAAGAAGGAACAAGUUAUGGAGAUUACAGAAGUGACUUGAUUCCUCCCUAGGAGUAGAUGUCUUAACUGUUCUGAUGCUACUUUGCAAGAGGAUGGAGUGCUCUAGAAAGUCAUUCCACAGCCUAAGAUAAUCCCCCCCCCCAGAAGCAUCUGUAUGAACCAUUACAUCAAAUAGAAUGGGGGCACAACAGCUGGUUUGUGGAGAGCAUUUUCUAACUUAUUUUUACAAGGACAAUUUUCUCUCUUGAUUAAAACCUCUUCUCUUCUGUUUGCUUCAGAAAGCUACCUAAAUAGAAUGGCAUUUUUAGCUGGUGUUAAAUAGAACUAUUUUGAGCUUUUCCCUCAACAUAUGCUUGACAUUUGAGCAGAAUGACUAUGAGACAUUGCCCCAAAUAUACAGAAUUUAGUUCUGACCUUGAAGAUUAUUUUUUAAAAAGGUGUGGAUUUGUACUAUGAGUUAACUUUUAAGAUGGCAGUGUUGUGGUUUGUGAGAGAUGAGGAUAUCAAACAACUUUUGCAAUUUGAUGAAACUGUUCUGAAAACUGGAAGUUUGCAGGGUUUCACUGAUGCUUGAUUAACAUGAUUUUGAAGACUUUUGGUUAGGUAAGUAAUAUGAAGAAGCCAGUGUUUCACUGAUUAAGUACUUUGCUAUAUUAACACUAAACCAGACUAUCACUUUAGGUCAGCUUGAGAAACUGGGACCUGUCAGAUGCUCUUAUGUUUGGCAUUUCUGUACUGUAUGCAAAAUUGAGUCUGGAGUCCUCUCAUAAUGCAAUUCCAAACCUGUAAAAGUACUUAAUUGUUUUUUUAAAUUUGACCUACCUUAGGAAGGCAAUUUGAAUGUUAAAUGACAUUACUAAGUCUCAGUAUAAAAACAGCCUAGUUAGAUACUCCCUGCCCUUUCUCACUCUAGAUUUGUAGUCAAAAUUUCAAGAGUAGCUCUUAUAAUGGUACAGUGUACAGGACUGGUAUUAAUCAUCCAUGUAUUUCUGCCUAGAUCCUGCAAGGGACAUCUAUGUAGGGAACAGAAAUGUGUACAUACUUUCGUUUUCUGUGCAGAUUUGAUGCAUUGUGGAAUGCAGUUACAGCCUGAUCAGACCUAGCCUGUUUCCAUAGCACAUCACAAAUGGCAGAAAUGUCAUUCAGUGGUUGAGGAGCUCCCAUGGCUUCAUGUGUAGCCUCUUUCUUUGUAUGGGUGAUUGUGGGAUUACUUUCAUGAGGGCAUACAUGUCGGGAAACCCCAGAUCAUGUUCAGUUAUCGUCCCAGGACAUUCACACACAUAGUGCUUGCAUUUUGAUCUCUCUAUGGGAAUUGCUCUAAAAGUACCAGAGAGUAGGGAGUACCCAGAAACUGACCCUAUAAUGAAUGUAUUUUGAGCAGUAUUUCAAAUGCCUUAUUCCUUUUAGGAAUAAAAUGGAAUAGGGGCAAGAGAGGCCCUUGUGUUCUGCCACUGUGCAGUGCAGGGCCUUGAUUUGUAUGGAAUUCAAUCUUGGUGUCACUUGGUUUUCCAAGAGGUAUUGUCAUAGCUCUUACUUAGAGAUGUGAAGGACUUGGGGGGGGGGGACUGAGUUGGUUUUUUUUUUAAUAAACACAUGCUUUUUUUCUGUUGUUGUUUGUCCAGGGAUUUUUUGGGAAAAUUUGGAGGGAAAAAAUAUUUUCCUAAGGCUUCACAUCUCUACUCUUGCAAAUUAGAUUGACCAAGACUGCAUCAAUGCAGGUUUUGAAGUCACAUCAGUAAAGACUAGUCAGUAUCAAUUAUCAUAUACCAUUGCAGUGUAUGGAGAUGUCUGAAAUAUUUGCAGGAAAAAAGCUCUGUUUUUAAAAAUGUAGACCAGUCAGUGCUAUGAAAGCUAAGACGUUCUUUUGAAGAUAAAGAUGCCUGAAAUUGUGCUAGGUAAUGUACUGGCAGCAACAAAAUUUAGAUUAAAGCUGUUCCUAAUUUUAUCAAUCAGUUUAAAGCUUUUAUUAAUCAGAAAGCUGUUGGGGUUUUUUGGUGUGUGAAACCAGAUUAAUACUCAAAUUAGUAGUUGUGCCAAAGCUUAAAAAAUGUUUUUAUACCGGCUAAAGUACAGAAAUCUCUCUACUACGUUGAUGUUUCCUUUUGGUUAUGGGUGGGCGUUUUUGGUGAUGGGAAGAGGAAAGUGCAUUUUUGUUUUGCAAUUUACAAGGUCAUGAAAUUAUAGUUUUCCAGAUUGCUUUAAGAUGACACUGGUCUUUUAACAUGAAAGGUGUCAAAUGUGAACCCACAAGCAGAUGUUCUUCUUUGCAAAAUAAUUUCACUUAUGUAUUAAGUUAAACACAAGGAUUAAAUACGUUGUUCUUAAAAACUGAGUAGUAACAGAAGUCUGCGUUCUUGUUUCAGAUACUUGGGGGAGAAACACAACUGUUUUACUCUGUCCUUCUCCCCAACAUCAACUGUCUUAUGUGCACAAAUUUGAUUUAUUUUUAACGUGUAGAGGAACGUUCCGUGAAGUGAGCCCCUACCUGAAAUGGCUUACCAGCAAACCAGACACGUUUGUCUUCAUUAAGCUUACAAUCCUUUGCUCAGCUGGGAGUAAGGAUGUCUGGAUUUUCUGAAAUCCAUCCCGUGUAUGUUUCAUGGGUUGUGCAGUGUUGGUUGUUCUGGUAUCCGUUCACUAACGUAUUAAAAAAAAUUGUUAUGCGGAAAAAUACGUAAAUAAUUCUGUAAGAAAGUUCGCAACCAAUUUAUGUAAUUUAUGUUGGUAUGUAACAUUUCGCGUAUUGUCCCCUAUUCCAUUCCAUUCCCCCCGUGUAUAUUUUCCAGGAUGGCAUAUAUCUCAGCAGAAACUUGCGUAUUUUCCUACGAAUAAAUUUGCGUAAAUUUCAGGAAAUUUUUUAAACUCCAAAAGUCCAUGGUCUCUUGCGUGGCCUGAAAGGGAUUCCGCAUGUCAACUGAUUUUAGUCUGUCUGACAUUUCUCCAACAUUGCUAACUGGGAGGAAACUCCAUUGAACACAGUGGGACUUAUUUUUGAGUACCCCUAGAAUUGAUGUGAUAUUCACAUAAAAGUGGGUGGGUGAGAUCUACUCUACAAGAAAAGGGCAUAUGAGAAGCUGAUCAUUGUAUCAUCCAGUCUUCCCUACCCCGUGCUUUCCCCAAAAUGAAACAAAUGUGAAUAAAUGAACAUAGGUGCCCCAAGUAUCCUCUUCCUUUGCCCUGUGAACUAGGCCAACCUUGACUGCAACUUCUGUCUGCCUUAACAGGAAGUUACAUAGAGCUGCAGUCCUCUGGGCGCCUUCCUGGCACUGUAAACCGUAGGGACACUCUUUUUGGCAACAGGUAUACAGCUUUGCAGUUCCAAUUCUAGUAUGUUACUAUGUAAAGGAGUCCAGAAAGGAAGAGCUUCUGUGAGCCAUGCUUUUAACUUUCAAAGAUUGCGAAUUACCCAAAGUUGCAGUGAAUUACUAUGAUGGGAUAGUAGCUUGUUUUUUGUAUACAAGGAGCUCCUUUAUCCCAAUAUUAGUUUUGUUUGUAAACAUAAUUAUGGUAACCAUUCUUGGUUUUUUUCAGUUUAAAUGUUCUAUAAAAAUCAUCAAGAAAUUCAAUGUUAUCUUUUUUAAUAUUCUCCCAGUUUGAAUUCUGGAAGCUAUUCUAUGCCAGUGAAUUUUCACAUUAAAUUUGAUGGCAAAGGUUUACAUUGCAA